AUGGUGGGCACCCGCCUGCAGCCAGUGCUGUCGAAGAAGGUGGAUGAUGUAUGGACGUUUGCGACAUUUUGCGGCCUCAGGGAACGGAGUGUUCCGAGAGUUUUUCAGCUUGCUUUCUUCGUGCAUUCGCCGGCCGCUGUCGGCCAGGCCCCGGGCGAUGCGAGGCGCCGUGGGCUCCGUGCCCUCGGCUCUCCUUGGGCCCAAUGCCGCAGUGGGAGCCUCUUGGCUGAAAGACGCCGACACGAAUCGCUCACCAUGGAGAUGCAGAACGUGCAUAUGCAGGCCACGGACAUGAUGCUUGCUCUCUUCGCAGGCAGUCCCGCAAUGCGGGUUCAUGGAAGGCACCUCCUGCAUCCGGCCAUCUUCCAUGCUAUGCGGACGUUCACGUGCGCAGCAAAUAUCCCGAACCACGUGCCAGCCAAGACACAACUGCCGAAAAUGAUGUCGGAGGUGACGUUUAAAUGCGAUGCCUAUGAGACGGCUACGGCUACCGGCAUUACGGUUGAGCAGCCGCGUGUAGACCGUUGCUGCUCCUCACAGGACCAGGAGCAGGGCAUACACGAUGUGAUCAGCGCCUCACCUUCCAGCAUUGCUAUGGCAGCACUGGCCUUGAGCCACUCUGAAGUCGACAGGUUGGGCAUGCUCAGUGCUUCCCCGUCUUUCGAGCAGCUCUUCGGCUACUCUCGACAGGAGCUGUUGGGCAAAAACGCAACACGGCUGCUCUGUGAUGGCCAUCUGGAUCCUUCAUUUGAGCUUCAUCUGGAGCUGGCCUCGAGCUCAAUGCGACCAGGAGUCCUUCCAGUGACCUUGCGCCGGAAGACCGGUGAGCUUGUAGACAGUUUAGUCUUGAUCAAGAAGCUGAAGACGUGGCCGGACAUGCUCCUGGUGCUCUAUGUGGAUAGGAUGGCGUAUCCAAACGCUGAGGAGCAGCUCCUUGCCCAGGCCAAAGCCUGGGACGACGCAGACAACCAGUACUGA